AUGUUGGAGCAAUACCCUCCGCAUACACCACCACCGACGUCGCAGCUCUGGGUCCCCAAUAAGCAGGACGCGAGUCGACCGACAUACGUACCCGCUGACUCCCCUGUUACAUACUACGCCCGCAUGCCGGCCAGCCUGUUUCCCCAGCCAUUCAGCCUCGAAGAAGCGAGAAGGAUAUGGGCCGAUGCGCUCUUGAACGGCAGCUUGUUAAGUCUAGAAGGCAGGUUGAAGCAACUAGAGAUGAAGCCAGGAGCUAAGCUGGUUGGUGGCGCAUUGGAGGUCGUGCAGCCGCCCAGCUCGACAUCGCAGUUGACGACUCGUUGGGCUAUUCCUGAGGGGAGCAUCAGAUUUUUCGAGACCAUCGCGAGAUAUGGGGAGGGAAGACAUGAGAUGCCGGUCGAAAGGGAUGGUGAUGAUGUCCUUGUUGGUUUCUCGAGUGCGCAUAACUAUGCUGUGCUCGACGGUGACAACAAGGUUCUCCCCAGAUGGGCAGAAUGGGCACAUCGUAUGUAUGCGAGGUUUAUAUUGGACGACGGGGUGAGAGAGCUGCAGAAGAGAGCCAGCUUGAAAGAACACGUAGACACUGGCAAGGAGCACUGA